UUCCAUUCAAAAAUCUCAAGCUUUGAAUUUUCAUGUCUAAUCUCUCUCUCUCUCUCUCUCUCAACUUGUAAACCAGUAGACGCCUUUACACUACCCUAACCACACCACCACAGUAAUGGCUUUUGCCGCUUUAGUUUCCCACCUCUGCUCCUAUUUCAAUCCUUUUCUCUCUCUUUCUCCCUCAAGAAACUAUCCUGAAUAAUUUAUACUCUCUUUCCCUUUCUUUUUUAUUUUUCUUUCUAAUUAUUGUUGUUAUUAUUAUGGGUUAUCUCUCUUGCAAUGCAGAAUCUGCAAUUGCCACCUGCGAUCCCUACUACUGGGAAUGCAAGAGGAGGAAAAACAAAACCAACAGAAACAAACCCAAUAAGCCCAUUAAGAUCAGAGAUUUUACUUACCCGGAGCUAGUAAAAGCCACCAAUGGGUUCUCCGCUGAAAGCUUUCUUGGCAAAGGCAGCCACGGCACAGUUUACAAAGCUUCUCUCGACGACGGUAGGCUUAUAGCCGCCGUGAAGGCGGCCUCUCGAAACCCAUCAAUAAGCAUCCACAGUAACUGCACCUCUUGCACAACUCCUGCAGAGAAUGAGAUUGAGAUACUCUCUAGAGUACAGCAUCCGAGGCUAGUCAACCUCAUUGGUUUUUGUGUAGAUUGUAAAGACAGGAAAUUACUGGUUGUAGAAUACAUGCCAAAUGGUUCAUUAUACAGUCUUCUACACUGCAGCUCCAGACCGCCCGGUUGGACCAGGCGUGUGCGAUUCGCUUUGCAAAUUGCCAAGGCUGUUCAAGCUUUGCACUCGGCCAACCCGCCGGUUAUUCACAGAGACAUAAAAUCGCCAAAUGUGCUGAUCGACGAGAACUGGAACGCGAGGCUUGGAGAUUUCGGGCUCGCCUUGCGAGGACACGUCGAAGAUGUACGAGCCAAGUGCACGCCGCCAGCAGGGACAUUAGGAUACCUCGACCCUGGCUAUCUCGCGCCGGGAGAUUUAAGCACCAAGAGCGACGUUUUCAGUUUCGGGAUCUUACUGUUGGAAGUGAUCAGUGGCAGGAAUGCAAUUGAUGUCAACUAUAGCCCACCAUCUAUCGUCGACUGGGCUGUACCGUUGAUAAAGCGGGGGGACUUCUCCGCUAUUUGCGAUCACAGAAUCGGGUCACCGGUGGACCCGGGAGUGAUAAGAAAUCUCGCAAUUCUGGCGGCCAAGUGUGUGCGAUCCACGGCGGAGAAGCGUCCCGCAAUGACAGAGGUAGUUGAAGCGUUGAAAAUGGUUCGCAAGAGAAUUCAGGCGCCGCACAUAUGGAACAGUUUGAGGAGGCGCGUGGGACUAGUGGAAGAAUCGCGGUCAAAUGAGGAGGCAAUUGAUUCAAAUAAAGAGAUUGUUAACGCUAACAAGACGACUAGAGUGGGGAACAGAAGAAACAGGAAAGUAUCCAAUGUAGAGUACGGAAAUGAAACGAUUGGAUUUGCAGGGGAGCGGGUAAGCAGAUCAAAAUCGGUUGGUUCAUUCAGCGAUACCAAACUGCGAAGGUCUGAUUCAAGAAGAAAAGCAGGUGUAGCAGUGAAAAUCCCGGUAGUGAAGCUGAGCAAGUCAAGGUCGAUGGGAGUACUGCAAAGAAGCUUAGACAUAGAAAUGGAGGGAGUGAUAAAUUCCAGAGAAAUUGAGGCCUCCAUGUCUAAGCUGUUGAUAGAGUUGGACGAAAAGUCAGAGCAAGAGAUGCAAGAGAAGCCAUUGGUGAUCUCCAUCUAAGAAGUCUGUUGGAUUUGUUGUGCUUUGAUGAAUUUUGAGUAUACGAUCCAGAUGGGUUUUGUUUUUGGGAUUCAUCAAUCUACAACAGAAAUAGAUAAUCUCUGUAUGAGAUGGAUCAAACAAAAUUCCAAAUUCUUUUGCAUUGGAUUUUAAUAUUUUAUACAUUUAAAUUUGCAAUUUCUUCUGGGAUUA